CCUCCUUUUUCAUUUAAUUAUUGUUUGUUUAAUGUGAUUAUCUUCCUCAAAACCAUAAAAUCAAGGAUAUCCAAAAAAAGGGUUUAUUCUAUUUAUAUAUAUCUCAAAAUUGAAAGAGAGAAACAUGGGACUGGAGGAUCUUCAUCUCAAGCUCCAGGCAUUUAGGCUUAGAAGGUUUCUGGUAAGAUAUAGAAGCAAGAAAAGAGAGAUUGAUACAACAAAGAAGUCUUCAUGGAUGACACCAAUAUCUCAUGGGUACCAUGUAGUUGAAGAUCAUUCAUUUAAAGGAGGUUCACGUGAUGCAACAGAUUCUGACUCAGUUAUAGUUCAAAGAGAGCAACUACAAAAGCUUGAGCUAUGGUUUUUCGGAGUUUUUGAUUCUCGAAUCGGCGAUCGAGUCACCAAAUACCUUCAAUCCCACCUGUUUGAUAGAAAUCCUAAAGAGUUUCAGAUAAGAAGAAAGAGCGAAGAAACUAUAAGAAAAGCUUAUCUUGGAGCUAGAGCAAAGAUUAAGGAAACACAGAAACCAGAUGAUGAGACAAGGAGAGUGAGUUCAGCUUCUGUAAUGGUAAUCAAUGGAGAAAAGCUUGUGAUAGCUAACAUGGGUGACUAUAGAGCUGUGGUUUGUAGAAAUGGCGUGGCUCAUCAAAUGAGCAGCAAGCACCAGCAAACAAAUAAAAGGCACUGGUAUCGCAGGCUCUUUUCUGUAAGGAUAUGGGCAUGGAACUCCAGAAACUUAGCAACAAGCACUAAACUCUCAAAAGGCUCAGAGCUGGUUAUUGGAAGUGAAAGGAUUGAUCCUGAUACUGAAUUUGUUAUCAUAGCAAGCACUGGCAUUUGGGAGGUGAUGAAGAAUCAAGAAGCUGUGAAUCUGAUCAGACACAUGGAGGAUCCACAAGAAGCUGCUGAGUGUUUGGCAAAGGAGGGGUUAUCUCGAAUGAGCAAAAGCAACAUUUCUUGUGUUAUUAUUCGUUUUGACUGAUAGAUUUAGGGUUAAUUGCUCUUUUCUUUUUCAAUUCCAUUUGUAUGAGUAAUCCUGAAUCCUAAAUUAUUUAAAGCAAUAAAAAUAUAAAAUUUUUGCAA